AUGUUAAGAUCAAAGAUUUUACCACAAAUUUUAAAUCAAGCCAUAAACAAUACAGAUACUAAAGGUGUAUUAUUAAUGAAAGAUGAUGGCUCAUUAAUUGCAUGUUCAGAUGCUACAACAUCAUCACACAAUACCUCAAAAAUUGUUGCAGCCAUUACUUCAAAUAUUUGGACUGCUUAUAAUAGAAAUUCAGAUUUACAAUAUCAAUUAAUUGAUUGUGAAGAGGGAAGAUUUGUAAUUACAAGAGNUUGCAUCUCUUUUAUUAUGUGUAUAUAGCGAUAUCAAUACUGAAUUUGGUUUAUUAAAAUUAAAGACACAAAAAUUACGUGAAUAUUUAGAAGAACCACUUAGUAAAGUAGAACACGUACAAUAA